UAAACCGCCAAAGGAUAGGGGGAACAGCACCAUCCAAAGAACUGUUUUUCUUCUGUUUUCUCGCAUUUCUCGAUCCUUUUCCCAUGGCGAUGCAGACCGAGAUCGAGGAUCAAGCUUCAUUCACCAGCGUUGGUUCCGGAGAAAUCCUCGAUUCCAUCUCCGACGACGCUGAUUCUGGGUUUCCUCCGGUCCGGAAUCUUGCCGGCGACGGACUGAUACCCAUCGGUGAGGGGAAUCCCGAAUUCAAUCUCAUUACCGCUUCUUUCCUCUCCGGCCUUGGUCCAGUGGCCAGCGACACGACAACCCUUUCAGUGCUCAAGAACUCGACGGAGAGCGUCUUGACGAAGGCGAAGUUUAUGGUGUUUAGGAUUUUUACGGCGGCGGUUGCGAGGAAGAACGGCGGCGUCCCCAACAUGAAGUACGGCUGGUUUGCGGGCUCCAAGGAGGAGAUUCGAAGGAUCAUUUCGCUCGGCUUCAGUGGUCGCGAGAUCGAGAAAUUCGCCAAUGACGCUGCGUCUCAUGGGGUUGGGAUUCAUCUGGUUCCUUCUAAACUCUCUUUGGCUGCGGCAUUAGGUACCGAGCCUGAUGAAGAGGGGCUGAGGCAUCUUCUCUUGUGCCGUAUAAUCCUAGGAAAAUCAGAGCCACUGAUCUCCGGCUCUAGACAAAUGUACCCGAGUUCUUCAGAAUUCGAUUCUGGUGUGGAUAAUCUUCAAAAUCCGCAAAGGUACAUAGUAUGGAGUUGUUCCAUGAAUUCCCAUAUCCUCCCCAGUUACGUUGUCAGUUUCAGGUCUCCACGUCUGGGAGGUAUCAGUAGAGAUGGUAUUUUGCCCCGACCUAGCACGACAUGGGUUAGCUUUCCUGCCCUCAUAUCCUUGCUCUCUAAGUCAUUGGAUCCCCCAAGAAUGAACUUGAUACUGGAAACCUAUGAUGAUUUCAGGAAACGGAAGUUGAGGAGAGACAAGCUGGUUCAGAAGAUGAGAGAAGUGGCAGGGGACGAUCUUCUUGUUCACAUAAUCAAGAAUUACAGGGGCACGGACAGGGUGAUGACGUGAAGGGUCAUUUUUUUUUCUUGCUAUGGGUGUUGAACUAAACGUUGGUUGCUUGUUCAGCAAGGGCGCAAACCUGAUGCUUUUGUUUUUCUCCCAAAAGGAACUUUUCUUGCCCAUCUUCCACAUCAGCGUAUACGUGUGUGAAUCCCACUUUACAGCAUCACUGAUAUGCAUAAUAACCUAAGCCUAUCUCAUUUCCUUUGUCAACAUAUGUAUUUAUAUAUAUAUAUAUAUAUAUAAUCAAUCUUUGCCCUUUAUAUAAAAUUAUUGACUGUCAUUCUAUCCCAUG